GUCUUAUACAGUAUAAGUUGUAUGUCCUGUAGUAUAGACUGUAUAUUACUGUAUGUGUGAGUGGGAGGGGAUGUGAAACCCGUUUAGCUUUACAUACAUUGACUGUUGUGUUGUGUUUGUGCUAUAGCUAUGUGUUUGUCAAUAGUCUAUAGCAUUGCAUUCAUAGCAUUCAAUAAGUCAAUUGACGACUAAAAAAGUGACUCAAAUGUAAGCCACAAAUAAAACAAUUAGUUGUUUGACAUCAAUAGCUAAUUGUUGAGUAAAUUGGCCGCACAUUCAAUAGUGAUUGACUAACUGUUUGUUUAAUUGUUUGGUCACACAAACGAAAAUGUCGACCAAAGGGUCGCUCACUAAAGAGCUCAGCGAGAGUGUGUCAACACUUCUGGGCCAAAGUGUGAAGAUAUCGUUGAAAUGUUUGGUCAAAAUGGAGAUCAAGAACGACAAGACAGAGAACAAGAUCUUAGCGUUCAGUGCCUGUCGUCUCUUCAUUUUGACGGCUAAAGUGACGACAAAGAUUGAACAUUCAUUUCAUUAUCUCGACAUUAACUCAAUUGAAAGCAAACGCAAGAAUCAGUUGACUAUUGGUGUCACUUCCGAAAACAAAUGUUAUACUUUUUAUUCAAUUGAUGCUAAUAAUGGCGAAGAGAUUAAUUUAAUGGUAAUUCAAUUGGGAACAGCACUCAAGACUAUAUUUCCAUACAUUUCUCUUGACUCCUUCAUUCGUCGUCUUGAAGUGGAACCGAUCUCUCGAUUGCAGUCAAUGAUUGAGUACAACCAAAGUGUUGAGCAAAGAGCGACUCUAAACACGAUUGAGAGUCCGUGCGGAGGAUUCUCCACACAAUACGCAUGUCUUUGUGAUUACUUUAAUGCCGUAUAUCGUGAGGAAGUGGUUUGGGAUGUGGACACCAUAUACUCGACGCACAACAAUCAAGAGUUUUCUCUUCUCGAUUUUGAACACUUGGAUCACAAAGACUUUAUUCCAAUAAUAGCUGCCCUUUCAUACAAUGGUUGGUUCACUCGUUUUAGAGCCAGUAAUAUAAAAGUGUUCGGACAUGUCAUGCCUGAUGUUUCCGAACAAAUCUUUAAUUUGGUUAAGAGGUCCACUGUUUUGGAAGAAAUAUAUUUAGAUAAUACUGGACUUAAAGCUGAUUCUGUAAAUAAACUUUUUAUGGCUAUUCUGACAAAUAGUCAAACUGUUAUUCAUUACAUUGAUUUGUCAAACAAUGUGAUUGAAGACAAAGGUCUUAAGUAUUUGAAUGGUUUUGUCGCUAAAUCUUUUCUCAACAAUGGUGUUAGCGAUGAGUCGAUUGUUAGUAGUAUUUCAUUGAGACUUAAUAAAGGUUUAACUCAUCUGAAUUUAAGCCACACAUCCAUAACAAGUAAAGGAGUCUCAGAUCUCUCGGAUUCGCUUUUUCUCAACAAAUCUAUUUCACAAUCACUGACUCAUCUUAAUAUUAGUGAUAAUCUUCUUAAAGAUGAUGUAAACAAAUUAUACAAUUUCUUAGCCAAUCCUAAUUGUAUUACACAUUUGGAUCUUUCGGGAACUGAAUGUCUAUUAGAAACAAUAUUUGCUGCACUGUUAAGAGGUUGCACUCAAAAAUUAGUUCAUUUAAAUCUUGCACGCAAUCAGUUCAAUAACAAGAAGAGUCAUAAAGAUGUGAACCCUCCGCCGUCUUUUAAAACCUUUUUUUCGUCCACCAUUGCGCUCAAGACUUUAAAUUUGUCGUCUAAUCGAUUGCCUGCCGAAGCACUCAAAGCCAUGCUAUUAGGGUUUGCUUGCAAUGAAAUCGCAUCCGAUGUUCGCAUAAAUUUAAGUUCAAAUGAAUUCAAGUCGAGCGGAGCCACAGUUCUGGAGUUUGCCUUAGGAGGUAUUCGAUGUAUUAGUGGAUUAGAUUUGAGUGAUAAUAGCUUCGAUGUCGAUGUUAUGAAUGUCAUUAACUCUGUGGGUAAAAAUAAAUCGAUUAAAUAUUUAUCAAUCGGAAAAAACUUUGCAAAUAUUAAACCAAAACAUAUUCCUCGAGUUCUUGAAUCUCUCGUUCAUUUACUACAAGAUGAAGAUUCUGUAUUGGAAUCACUUUCAUUGGUUGACUCUAAGCUUAGGAAUGAUACUUGUCUUGUGAUAAAUGCUUUGGGUUCUAACCAAUCUCUUGUCAAUAUUGAUGUGACGGGUAAUAUGAUGGGACUGCCAGGGGCUCGAACUCUGGCUAAAGCUCUUCAAGUAAAUUCAAAAUUGGAAACAAUUUAUUUGGACCGCAAUUUGAUACCAACCGCUGGUUUUGUAGAUAUUGCGUAUUCUCUCGAAAGAAAUUAUACACUGAAAUACAUGCCGGUGCCGGUACAGGACGUUCAACAAGCAAUGGUUAAAAUGGCUGAACGCACUGAAGCUGCUAUAACUAAAAUACAAGAACUUUUGCGACGAAAUCAUUUGCCACAAACAAUAUUAAAGAACAGUCGUCUGCAUAACCAUCACAUGCAGAUUGACUCUAAUGUCUAUCAUUCAGUCGAUAAACUAACAAUUAAUUUGACUGAUAUAUUGAAUAAUAGUUCCAUAAAUGAGAACAAUAAGUCUGUAUUUGAAUUAAAUGCCAAAGACGAAGAAGUAUUGAGAGCUGAAAGCUAUUUGAAAGACGCCGCAAAUGCCAAACACUUAUUAACUCAUUUGAAUCAAAAGUUGAUAUUUCCUGAAAUUACAGAAAGUGGUCGCCGUUUGUCUACACUUUCCAUUUGUCGGCCAAUUGAGGCCAAACUUAUAGAGACAUCCGUAGAGUUGAAGAAAACAUUUGAAGCGCACAUAAAUAGUGUCAUCGCAUCAAUGAUUGAAACAAUUCAAGAACAGUGUCCACAUGUUAUUGCUGACAGUGAACGUCUUCAAAGUGAAUUAAAUCGUAUAUUCAAUAAUACAAAAAAUUCUCCAUUACUUCCUUCGCUUAACUUUUUUCAAAGUUGUCUCAGCGAUAGUGUCGGUGCUUUACUUACCACUAAAAUCGAAGAAAUACUUCUGGGAAUUGCGGCUCAAAUUUGUGAUAAAGUUUUAGUUGAAGUGAAUGAUUGUCUUGUUAUGAGUCAAAGAGCACUUACAGGACAGGAACCCAUCAAGUCUUUAAGUCAACGGAGUUCUACACCCGAUGUCUUAAGGAGUAGGACUUGGAUUGAAGAUUCUCGAGAAUCAUCUUCUGAAGCAAUACUUUCCAGUGAUGGACAUAAUGAGGAACCGACUGAUUGGUUAGCGUGGCUUAACUUAGCGACGCCUAAACAAUCAAAUCAAAAGAGACAAAGUCUUUAUGUCCGUAGAUUAAGACCACAAUCAGUGAUGGACGGCAUCAGUCCCGACGAGAUUCCCGAUCUGUUACCAAAAGCUGACAGUUCUAAGAGUGGCUUAAUUUCAAUAGAUUCUAGUAUUUUGAAAUCAACGAGUAGUGAUAGGUUAGAGCAUUUGGCAAAGACUAGACCUAAGAAACCCAAGACUCGAGCACCAACUCGAGUCACUACUAAUACACAGUUAGUUAAGACUGAGACUAUUAAUCCAAACGCUCAACAAAGUGGUGAUAGAGUUGAGAAAUUAGAUGAAGGGUUGGAUUCAUUUUUUACGAAAACAACUACUUCUGAACUGAUAAACAAACCACAGGUUCAGCCCAGAGUUGGUCUCUUUAAAAAGCUUUACACCAAACCAUUGGACACUUCAAAGCCUAAUUCAAGUGACAAAAGUGGUCUAAACAACGAAUCUAAUGUAAGCAUAGGUUGUGCUCCAACUUCCCUGUUGUCAGCCCGUAUAGAUGAAGUGACCCGUUCCCGAUCUUCACCUAAUUUGGUGAAAAAGACCUCCCAUUCCAUACCAAUUUCUCGAAACAACUCUCCCGGUGCUGAAGAGAUAACUAAUAUUCUUGAUUCAAAUGAACGAACAACAAGUCCUUUGCCUACUGAGCGCUCAGAUCUUUUGGCAGAGAUGAAGGCCAAACAGGGAAGGCGUUCAUUAGCACCUACUCCUACCACACCUCCACUUUCCAUAGUUGAUUCAAAUCCUUUAAUUAACAAUUCUAAUAAUGGAUUACAAGGUGUCAAACUAAGAGCCACUGUUUUCGGUGACAUUUUGAAAUCUCCAAACAAAAUACCCAACACUGCCAUUGAAGACACGCCUUCUAUGAGUAUAUCACUGACUGAUACAAAUCGCUCUUCAAUACGACAAUCACUUCCUCCGCCAUUAAAGCAAAGACCAAAAUCGGUUGUCGGUAUGAUUGGCGCCAAAUUCGAGUUAUCUCUUAAUAGUAAAGAUGAGAACAUCGAUUCCGACAUCGAUGGUAAACACAAUUCAGAAUCAAUUAAAGGCGACAGAAGUGGAGCCAAAAAGUCGUCCAUUUUGUCUAAGUCUCGCUCCAACUCUUCUUCUUCAAAUUCUUCACUACAAAAAUGAUAAAUUUAUUUGAAGUCAUUUUAAAUUGAUUGCAUUCAUUCAUUGUGUAAUUCAUUUUUGUG